CUCAAUGGACUUUGAACGUUAUUGGCACUCCAGAAAAACUAAACACAGAAGUUAAGAUAAUGCGAGACAAUGCUGAGCUUGUCAAAUGCAGUGCGGACGUUAAUAUUCAAGAUAAGAUGACUGCUGGAAAAGUAAACUUGAAUGUUAAGAAUGCUUUUACUACAAAGGCAGAUUUCAAAAUAAAUAAGAAUGGUAAAGGAGAUGUGACAGCUGUGGUUGAAACACAAAAGACUGAACCAAAACAUAAGAUUGAAAUUGCCUCAAAGUUCACCAUUCAGUCGCCGAAAUUUGAUGUAGAGACCUCUAUCAUAUUUGAUUCAAAUAAAAAGUUCAAUUUCAAAACGGAAAAUAUAUUAGAUAAACAGAAGCUCACUACAAAAAAUAUCGCAGAAAUCGGUGACAAGAAAAUUACAUUUGAUGCAAACGCAUCUGUCAGAGGUGAAUGGCAAUUAAACGGUGAAGUUCAAGCCAAUUUUGUAUUAAAAUGUCCAGAUGGGCAUACAAUAGAUGGUUUAGUAAAACGUAAAGUUCUUACAAAUCCUAAAACCGGCUUAGCACAAGGUAACAUGGAAAUUUCAUUAAAUGACGCGCGUGGUGACAAGAAGGCUUCUUUUAGCAUUAAUGGAAAUUUGGAGAAAUAUAGCGUUAAAUCUAAAGAAGUUGUGGCAAACGCUCAUUUAAUUUUCACUAAUUAUGAUAACAAGAAACUUGAUGUAACUUAUGGUAUAAAACACCUUGUAAAAGAUGAUCAUUUUAAAAUGCUUGAACUUGGCAUUGUUUCCCAAGGGGAUCUAUUCAAAUCUCAACAUGACGUGAAGAUAAAUAUAGAUGAGUAUAACAAGCAAAGCGCAAAAUUCCGAGUAAAUGCUAAAUGUAGCGAAAACAUUCAAUUAAGUGUUAAAGGCAAUUAUAAUUUGGCCCAGGAAGGUGAACCAACUACAUUUGACAUAGAGACUGUUGUACAAGCACCAAAUUCACAAUUUAAAACGUUUGGAGUUAAUGCAAACGGAAAGUUGUUGAAGCCGGUUGCCGAAAAGGAUGGUAACUAUAUUGCUCACUUGGUGCUGGAUCAAAAACAGGGUACUGGGCAAUUCUUUAAAUUAAGUUCGCUGUUAGAAGGUAGUCGCAAUGACGGAAAUUAUAAUUUGAUUCUGGAAACAAAUAAAAUGCAAGGACCUUUAAAAAUUAGCACCACCUUCAAACGUGAUCAAACAGUAAAUUUGGAUGAUGGAGUAGCAAGUGGCAAACAAAAUUAUUCUUUCAACUAUGAGUAUGCGAAUAAAUUUGUCAAGUCAUCUUCUGAUAUAAAUUUCGUUGCACCCAACUUUGCCGCAGUUCACUUUACUAUAGAUAGCAGUUUCGAUUCUUUUAAUGAAAUCGAUGCAGAAAUUGAAAUGAAAAAACUUGAUGAAAGUAACUAUGCAAUGAAUGUUAAAUUUAAACAGCAUCACGAUAUACACAAAAUUGACUCGAAAUGGUAUCACUCUACAAACAAAAAUGGUUUCGAUAUACAAAUUGCGCUUCCUAGUGGAAAACCUAUUACACUCGUCGGAUUGUUUGAAAUUUUAGGAGAAAAGAAAGCUAAGCUCUCUGUUGAACUAGAAAAUGUUAUUAAUUUAGAUUUUAAAGCUAAUGCUGAAGCAGCUUAUAAGUCUGUUGAUGAUUUUUAUAUUUUAGCUCAGUGGAGUUCGAAUAAAUUAAAACUUCAAGACUAUAAUUUAAAUAUUCAAGCACAAUCGAAAAGUAUUGCUCUUAGCCUAAAACAUGCGCAAGGUGUUGUUUUCUCCGGUUCUGCAACUUACCAACUUAAAAAGGAAACUAAUAAAUCUAUAAUUGAAGGCCAAGGGCAAGUCCAAUAUAAUGGUAAAAAUGAAAAUGUUAACUUCAAACUCAUCCGACAAAUGUACGAAUUAGAGAACGACAGAGAAUUCGGAUUUUCCUACACGCUUAAUAGCAACUUUGGUCCUCUAAAUGGAGUGUCUACGAUAAAAAUAACAAAUAAGGAAUACAAUGUUAAAUUAUCAGUCUGCGAAGAAAAGAAACAAUGUAAUAAUAUUCAAUUACAGUCUUUAGUGUCAGUUGAUGAAAAAGAACUUGAUUCACUACAACACUCUAUUUUAAUAUUGAUUGAUUUACGACAACUUGGUUAUCCCUAUGAAUUUGAGUUCCAAUCUAAAACCUUGAGAAAAGGUAUGAAAUUCCAGUAUAACUUAGAUUCAAAAAUUCUUUCGAAUAACAACUACAAAUAUCAACUGAUUGCCAGCGUGGUUCCUAACAAUUCUAAGAUACAAAUAAUUUUACCAAAUCGUGAAAUACUUUAUAGUUCAACUCAACAAUUCCCAGCUAAUGGAGCACUUUUUGGUCAUUAUGAGAGUUCAAAUUCAUUUUAUUUCGAUAAACUUAAUAAGCCUGAUGAUGUUACACGUGUGGUGUUUAUCACUGAUAUAAGUGGGGUUCAAAACGUUGCUAUAAAUGCCAAAGGUAAUCUUAAGUUUGAACAUCCUAGUACGCGAACUUUGAGUCUUUCCGGAAAGUUAGAUGCAAAUCGUGAAACACAACUUAUUGAUGCUGAACUAGUAUUUGAUAUAUUCCGUCUUCCCGAACAACAAAUCGUUGCCAGCAGUCGCACGCAAAAUACGGUAAAUGGUAAGGGUUUCAACAUUACGACCAGUCAUAUGGUACGUUCUGCUGGAUUAGGAUUGCAGUAUGAUUUAUCAGGUUAUACGGCAUUCGCACCUGAACUAAGAGCAUUAAGUGCAGGAGUAGAUAUGCAUGGAGGAGCAAACGAUCUACAAGGUAGUAUUUACUUAUAUGCCAGCAAGGACAAUGCAGAGGCUUCAAUUUAUGCCAUGAACGAACAUAUUUUGCACGCCAAAACCGAAUUUAAUCACCAAAACUAUGCCAUGAAAUUUGAUUCAAAACUACAAUUUUUGAGUCAAAAACCUGUUGCAGUAGUUGCAGAUUUGCAACCGACAUUUGCAAAGAUUGUUUUGAAUAGACCAGAUCUCUUUGAUGCUAGUGUGGAACUCAAGUUGGGAAAAAAUUUGAAAUUUAAUGUAGAUACCGCUGGAAAGCAACUUAUUACUGGGCAAAUUGCUUUAGAUUCAACGAAUUUCCUGCAGACUUCAUAUCAAAGCAAUCCGGAUGACAUUAAGUUAUUCAUGGAAAAAGCUGAACUUGAAAUUAAAAAGGAUACGGAAGCUGCACGCGAAAAUAUUAUACAUCGAUUCCAAAAGCUUCGAGAAGUUUUUGGUAGACAGGCACAGUUAGCCAAAGAAAGUGUUCCAGAUUUUACUGAGUUAAGUAAAGCUUACCAAAAUAAUAUAAACGAUAUUGCACAGGAGUUAGAAAGUGAUCCAACACUAAAACAAUUUGCUGAGUCUUACCGCAAGCUAUACAAGGAACUUUCGAAAACCGCUGAAGGAAUCGCUCACACAACUGCAGAAAUAUAUAAACAGCUUUAUGAAAACUUAAAUGCUCUUUAUGAAAAAUGGGAAAUAAUUAUGAAUGAAUCAAUUAUUCCAGUUUGGGAAUCAUUGGUAGUCAAUAUUAAUGAAGUUGUUGGACAAUUACGCAUUGAAAUAUCUAACUAUUACACCAAAAUUUCGGAAUAUACUCUGAAGUUACUUGAGCGCUAUGGACCAGAACUAAAGAAUUACACUAAAUCUUUGAAUGAAGCUUUGAAACCCUUUAAUGAAUUUAUUCACGAGCUGUCUAAAACUAUUAUUCAUGCCAGUGAAGAAAUAUUACAAGAAAUACAAGAAUACAUUGUUAACUUACCGACAUUUGAUGCAAUUCGUAAUGAACUAAAGGAACAAUUUGAAAAACUAAAAGUCUCGGAAAAAGUCAUCAAAUGGAUUAGUGAUGUGUUUGAACAUCUGCACAUUUUACCUCAAACGGAAGAGACUCAAGAAUUUCUUCAAAAACUGAAGGAAUAUAUAAAUAUGAAACUACGGCAAGAGCCAACACAAGAUGAAGCUCAAAUUGAGGAACUAGUUAAGUUGCUUCUUAAAGCUCUUAGAUCUAUUUACGAUACGUUAGAGUUGUCUAAAAGUGUAAAAUUGACGAACUAUGGAUUAGAUUCUGUGCUUCCUACACUACCUUAUGUUGCAGAUAUUUUGAACAAGCUGCCAGCAUUGCUGACCUUCCGGGUAAGCGUUUUCAAUUCAAUACUCAAUGAAAAUUGGGAAAAUAUUCUGCGCUUGGACUUUUUCCAAUCUUGGAUAUUAUUCAAAGAUUUUAAUCUUAAGGGGCUCAUUGCUGAUGGCCAUCAUAUCUUCACUUUUGAUGGUCAACACUUCUCAUAUCCUGGAACUUGUAAAUUCAUUUUAGCUCAAGACAGCGUAAACAAUAACUUCACUGUUGUUGCUCAACUAAAUAACGGCAAAUUGAAAUCAAUAAUUUUGGCUGACCGUGAUGGUAACUUUUUGGAGUUAAGUGACACAGGCGCACUUAAAUUUAACGGCAACUUUGUCGAAUUCCCGUUACAUAGUGUUGAUAUGCAUGCAUGGCGUACAUAUAGCAAUAUUUGGCUUCGUUCUUCUUAUGGCGUCGAGAUUAUGUGUACAAAUGAUUUAAAACUUUGCCACGUCAACGUUAAUGGUUUUUAUACAAGCAAGACUCGUGGACUUCUUGGUAAUGGAAAUGCUGAGCCUGAAGAUGAUUUUAUUCAAGUAGAUGGUACUAUAGCUGCUAAUUAUGUGACAUUCAGUAAUAAUUAUGCUUUGGGUAAAUGUCAAACUGUCCCAAAACGUGCUGACGUAAUUGAGCACACGGACUUGUGCAAUAAAAUAUUUGGCUUGGAUUCACCAUUAGCACUUGGUUAUAUAUUUGAAAAUAACUUACCCUAUCGUAAAGCUUGUGACAUAGCUGUAACGGAUGCCGCAGAAAAAGAAAAGGAAACAGCAGCAUGCACAAUUGCUUCAGCUUAUGGUUCUACUCUUCAAUCGAAGGAACAUAUCAUAAUGUUACCUCCACAAUGUCUUAAGUGUUCAGGAGCUGCCGGUCAACGUGACUUGGGCUCAGAAUUUACUGUGAAAUUACCUAAUAAACAAGCCGAUGUAGUUUUCGUCAUUGAUGUAGAUGUAUCGCCUGCCGUAUUAAAUAAUCUUGUAGCUCCUGCCGUAACGGAAAUACGUGAGACACUUAAAACACGCGGAUUUAAUGAUGUGCAAAUCAGUGUUGUAGCUUAUAACGAGUCAGAACGAUAUCCAGCUUUACUCACAAGUGGUAAAGGAAAAGUAAAUUACCAGGGUAGUAUUGUCGACUUGCAACUCAACGGGCCGAAGAAUUCAAAUUUAAGAAGUCUGAUAACUGAUGUGGUCGAUGAGAAAAACAUUUUAGAUUUAUACGACAUUAUUGAACGUAUUGUAAAACAUGUUGUUCCGCAAUCAGAUUCAAAAGCUUUUAACCUGGCUCUUCAAUACCCAUUCAGAUCUGGCGCAGUAAAAAGUAUUAUUGCAAUUCGAAGUCAGCCAUUAGAAUUUGGAAAUAUGUUCAAAUUUGUACGAGCACACCUCACUGAAGCAGUCACAAAUUUCGAUGGUGCUUUUGUGCAUCUUCUUAGCCCUGUUAACAAAAUGUCACUUGAAGGCGUGGCGGAUGAAAAAUUAAUCGGCUUUAACUCAAGACUUGUCGCAACGGUUGACGGAAAAGAUGCUAAAAAGCGAUCGAAGCUACAAUUCGAAAAUAACUUAGGAAUUGAUGUCGUGUUAAAUAAUGGUGGAUGGAUAUUUAAUACGCAAAACUUCGACACGCUAAACCCGCAAGAUAAAAAGAAAAUGUUAAAUCAGGUUACGAACUCAAUAGCCGACACACUUUUUAAAACGGAUAUAGUUAGUGAAUGUAAGUGUUUACCAGUACUUGGAUUAUAUGCUCAGCAUAAAUGUUCCAUAAAAUCUUCCACAUUUUUGCCAAACAAAAAGAUUAAAGCUACAUAAAAAUAUCAUUCAAAAACAAACAUUAAAUAAAAUAUUAAGAAACAAAUAAAUAAUUAAAAAAAU